GACGAGAUUAAAGUAAUCUUCUGCGAGAUGUAUUGGAAACUGUUUGUGUUACUGCUCCCGCACCUGCUCAUUUGUAAUUGCUUGGCCAGAUCUAUUAUUUAUGAAAACGUCGAGAACGAUGUUGUCGCUGUUGGUUCACUCAUUCGUGAGGUACGUCAACCGGCGCCAUUAAGUCUCAUUGCGGGAGUAAGGGACUUAAUAAGCGCUGGUAACGCACCGAAGUCACAAGAUACUAAAAAACACAUGAAAAAUGCAUCUGGCAAAUCAGACGAAGGCGGUUACUACAGAACCUACGGGAGCGAUGCGGAGGGUGAGAAGGGUUACUUGAAGGAAACCUACGGUAAAGGUGAUCAUGGCUACAAGACUCUCGACACCUUCCACAAACAGGAUGGCGACAAAUACGAGUUCGAGACCCAAACCACUUAUGGCAAAGGCCAUGCUGAUGAUAAUCGUAAAAAACAUCAUGACGAGAAAAAGAAUGACCACGAAGGAGCAGGUACUAUGAUCGAUACGGAGUAUACCGCUGAUGGGGGUGAAGGAAGCGAAUACUCGCACUAUACCGGAGGCGACGAUGGAAAUCAUUAUAGUAGCCAUUACACAGAGAAAGAGCCGGAAUCGUACAGCCACAAGGAAUAUUAUUCCUCUGGAAAUGGUGACGAGGGAUCUUACGAAACGCAUAGCUCUUACAACUCUGGUGGAGAAGAAGAAAAAGGGGAUCAUUAUUAAUUUUAUCAGUGUAUAUCAUCAUUUUAAUGUUAAAUGUUCAGUCCUAAUUGGAGCGCCUUCUUUUUAAUUUCAACCGCAACCUGUUAUUAUAAAUAUUAAUGUUGUCCACAAAUCGUA